GCUCACAUUGUGAUUAUUAUAUACAGCAGCCUUGUAGUUGUGGUCCUCCGCUUUCUACUGAUAGCAAACACCCUACUAUUUUUUCCAAACGCCACCCCGGUACAGCGCUGUGAGUCUUUCUUGUGCAAUUAUUUGUCUACUACAUCUUUCUACUAUACGUCAUUUUGAAGAUUUUCAACAUCAAGGGAACCAACUACAAGCGAACUAGAGCCGCAACGAGAAGAACAGUGUAAAGUUUCUUUUCCACGACCUCCUCUUCUACCUUUUUUACUGACUUUCGACGUCGACCAUUGGUCUACUUAUUUAUACUUGAACUUUUUCAGUACUGUCUCCCUCGUCUCCCCUACAUAGCUUGCGACGUGCACUAUCAGAAAAUACCGAACUGAUCGGGAAAAAAGAUGACUGCCGAACACGUUCGUACCGGUCAACAUGAUCCCGUGGUCCACAACGUCGUUGCUACAGAGGACCAUCACAUUCUGAACGGCGAGUAUCCAAGAAAAAAACUGUGUAAGUGUAACUUUGUAAUGCAGAACAUGCAACAGUAGAGUUGCACCUGUCAUGCCCGAUAGCCAUGAACUCCUCUUUUCAUGUGUGUUUUCCCUUACAAGCCACGCAUGGCAGGUGUUCGCUGUCAUGUAGAGCAAAUUUGUGAUGCUGUCAGCCAAGCAAACUUACACUAACACAGUUUUUUUCUUGGAUAGCGAGGAAAGUUCCUCCCCGCUCCUUCGGACCAGCAGUCCAAGUGGCGAAAACAGCAGGACAGAAAAAAGUGCAGCUGCUUCUAACCGCUCCUGCUGUCAUCUGCCCCUUUGGGCCAUCGUCUUGAUGAUCGUGGGUGGUCUCAGCGUGCUAACGGCUGUCGUGGUAGUGCCGGUAGUUGUAUGUGCUGCAAAUAUCGAUCUGGGUCUGGAAGUUGGAAGGUUUGUCAUGCAGGUCGCGCAUGGCCCAGAAGGUGAAGGUCAAGGUUUGGAAUGCGGGCCCCAGCAUAAAAAGUUUUUCUAGAAGGAUUAGGAUCCUCGAUGCUUAUAUCGCAUGAAAAAUGUUAGUACCCUUUCGGGUAAUAUCCAAAAGUGGGGGCUUGUUUUAUUUCUGGUCAACAUGCAAGACAGAUUUUUGCGUCGAUCACGAUCAGCUUUAAAAAUAGCAGGACAAAUAACUCGGACUCACUUCCAGACCCGGAUCGAUAUUUGCAUGCGAUAGGUUGUCCUUGCCAACCAGAACCGCGAACAGACGGUUUCUGGUGGUUCGCCGGGAAACAAUCCUACCCCCUGCCCUCCCGGAGGAAACAAUCCUACCCCCGGCUCUGCUCCCGGAACAAAUCCUCCACCCGCCCCCGCCCCGGGCGCAGGAGGAGGUGGUGGUGGUGGUAACAACCCUGUAGUUGAUCCCAGAGAGUGUUUGCCGAAAGCCCCGGGCAUUGCGGCGGGGGAGUUCGAGAUCGGGGCCGAAGGGGGCGGAGGAGGAGGUGGUGGUGGUGGUAACAACCGUGUUGAUCCCAGAGAGUGUUUGCCGAAAGCCCCAGGCAUUCCGGCGGGGGAGUUCGAGAUCGGGCCCUUUGGCAACGAUGCCGACGCUAUCAAAUGUAAGAAUGUCUGGGUCUGGAAGAUUCUGACACUUGUCAUGCACGUUUUGCGUGAGCCCUGAUGUCUGUGAUGCAUGUCCUAGCGUCACAGAUUUUUUGAGAGCUUCUUGAUGCCUAUUCCGCAUGACAAAUGCCCUCUCCGCGUAGCAAAAAUUACAUUCCCUUUGGUACUCAUGCAAUACAGAUUUUUUUGCAAUCCAAAUGCAGCAUCACAAGUUGCAUUCUUCCAGACCCAGACAUUUUUGCACUUGAUAGACGCCGCCCGCCGAUUGCGCUUCAAGGCGGAGAUCCGCCGGUGCGUCAAAAAGCCGGACGCCGCGCCGCAAGCGGAUUUUGACCAAUUGCUGAAUGACGCCGACGCGAAGCUCGGGAAGCUCAUCUACGCCUUCGACGAAGGUCCUUCCAAGAGAGUCGCAUCGACCUGCUCCCCAGAUGUGGAGAACAAGACGCACACUUUAUUACAAUGAAAAAUGCCCCCACCCCCGAACUUGGAAGCCAGCAUUUGUAUUGCGAACCUUUCCAAAUGAAAAACUCACCCUCUUGCAUCUAUCAGCAUCACAGAUUUCCAAUCGUGAAUAGCAAAAAUUUGUAUUGUAAAGGGCCCCAGCAAGGGCGGCGCUUGUCAUGCAAGCGAUGCGAUACACGCUUAGACUCUGCAUCAGAAAGAUGCAUACUCCUUUCAUGCAUGGCAAAAGGUUUUCAUUUGGAAACUUCGCAUCACAAAGUUUUGGAACUGUGGGGGUGGGGGCAUUUUUCACUGUAAUACACCUACGUCGUCCGACUCUGGUUUCCGAACGCGCCCUACGGGAAUAAGAAGGCGUCGCCCUAUAUGGAAGCGUCAGGUUUUGAAAUCGACAAAGUUGAAAUGAUUUGGCAUGCAGAAAAUGCAAGGCAUGAAGUGCCUGUCUUGCCGAGAUGGCAAGCGAGGUCGAUUGUGAGCCUGUUGAGGGUUUGAAAUAGAGCUGCUAAAGUAGCAUGGCUUGUGUGCCCAAACAGCAUGACAGGUUGGAUUCCGGUGCUCAGAAAAUUUGUCAUGCGCCGCUUCAUAACUGGGCUUCCGACUGGUAUCGCUUUUGUGCAUGACAAACUAUUUCAACUUUGACGAUUUCAAUCCUGACACCCUCAUACCCUACCGCCGCAAGUUUUUCAACCGCCGCCCCCUGCCGGAGUACCUCGCGGACUACGGACUGACGUUCGCCGACUCGGUCAUGAAGGCCGUGGAGGUGGUAUCCUGUGUAAAAACGUCCCCACCCCAUAGUCAAGUUGGAAAGUUAGCAACACAAAUUUAGGGUUCAUAAACAGGUUUAGGGUUCCGGCUUGUGUUCAGGCCCGAGAGGCGACCACACUGCCUCCUCCUAGUCGUGUGCCAGGUCGCGAAAAGAUGUAAACCCGCGUCUGUCUAUCGAGGGUCGAGGUAAGAGGCAACGCCAAUCACCACCUAAUUCCCAUCCCAUCCCACACAAAUCUCAAAGUCUUGGGAGCCACGCAUGACAAGUUGCAGUCCGUAGUGUAGUGCAGGUUCGUAAGGGCAGCCGCGUCACAAAUCCAUCUGCGCAUCCUGUUUCCAGCAUUACAAAUUCCAAAACGCGGCUAGAAAUGCCUCUCGUGGGGACCCGCAUUGCAAUUGUUUCUGUAGAUGCAAAUCUGCAUGACAGCUAUGCGGUAGGGACGUUUUUGCUCAGGAUAGGUUGACAAAUUGGGACUGCCCGCGGUCGCAGCGCACAAAUUGCCGCAACCCGGAGGAUAUCAAAUGCAAACAUCGAUCUGGGUCGUGUGGAAGAAUCGAAGGUUUUUUGUCAUGCAGGUCUUCAAAGCCGCAUGAGCUCUGGAAUGCAGGGCCUAGCUUGACAGAUUUUAUUCUGAGGUCUUUAUCAUGCCUAUUCUGCUGUCGAUGAGAAACUCCUUGUCCUUCCCACCCUGAGUUUUAUCAAAGCUGGCAACUGUUGGCAGUCACGCAGCACAGAUUUUUGCGUGCUGACCCACAGCACGCAUUACAAGUUUGAGCGGCUCCCAGACGGACCCAGACAUCAUAUUUGCAAUGCAUAGAGGAGAUGCCGACGCGAAGACCGCUGAGACCGCGGCCGCCGCUACGGUUAUCAAAACAAAAAAGUUCGUCACGAUCACUCAUGGGCAUCUUUGCAAUACAAAAUUGUCUGUCAUGCGUAAAAAUGCAUCACAGCCACAUUUCGUAAGGGAUUUCCCUAGUGUUUCUGCAAUACAAGGAGAAGUUGUGAUGCUAAAAAAAUUUGUAAUGCAAAGCCUGCAACUUAGUGACUGUGACAAACUUUCUUCUCUCCAUAACGGUGAGUCGGAUGCUCGUUGGCCACAGCAACGCCGGCCCGGGGUCCCUGGCCCUGUUUGCCUACCACCCGGAUCUCUUCCACGAGUUGCUGCUGCUAGACCCCGCGUUUUGCGACGCGAGCGCCCGUUACGGACUGCAGCGCGCCCAGCUUGAGCCGUAUACUACGCCUGCGGAUCGCCUGGCACACGCAGAAACGGUCGCGGCGGCUGCGGAUGACGCAAACGACACGGCGGAGCUCUAUGGCGUUCUCAAGCGUUACAUUCUCAACUGUUACAUGAAUUUGUGAUGCAAGAAUGGCAAAAGUGAAAGGAAGGACCUUGCGCGUCUUGCAUGACAGAUUUGGCGCAGAUUCUCAGCCUGUUUGGCCGUCUGGAAAUUUGUCAUGCGAAGCAGCUUGACGGCGUUGAUAGUCAAGGCGAUUUUGCAUGACAAAUCAUGUAACAGUUGAGAAUGUAACAGUUGAGAACGCCAUAAGCUCUUCAAGCGAAUGCGGGAACACCAGAAUACUCCCGCCGGGCCCUAUAAUUUGUACAAGGCCUGGAUCCAGAGCCAGUGGAAGGACACCGAAGACGGCCCGGUGGAGAAUUUCGAAGCGGUAUCCGGAGUAAAAACGUCCCCAACCGCCCAGAGUUGUCAUGCAAAUCUGCAUGAUGCCAAAAAAAAUCUCUCAUGUGGAGCACCAUGAGAGGCAUUUAUGUCCAGCCGUGUUUUGGGAUUUCUGAUGCUAGAACCAGCAUAAUAUACAUCUGUGAAGAUGCUGCUGAGCUAGCGAAAUCGCGGAUCACACUACGAGGACCGAAGCUUGUCAUGCGAACCAAACAAAGCUAGUUGAUUUGUCUAGCUGAUCUCCCAUCUUGCCUCUGGUAAUAUAAUGGGGACGUUUUUGCUCAGGAUAACUGGCGACUUUUGAGUUUCCUGGGCAAAACGGUAUCCAGGGCGCAAAAGCCCUGGCUAAGUCCUUCGCCAUGAAGGAGUUUCAGCGGCAGAGAGAGUUUAUCCUGUGCAAAAGCAUCGUACUCGUAUUUUUGCAAUCAUGCAUUACAAAUCUUUUUCUUGAGGAAAAUCCGCAUUACCUCAUGCUGAGGAAAUUUGUCAUGCAUUUAUACGAGUGCGAUACUUUACUUUUACACUGCAUAAAGUUCUUGCAAGAUAAUAAUCUUCCCCGAAGCAAAGGAGUUGCACUGGGAACAAAAAUGUUCCGCAAAUAUCUGCUUCUUAUGGCGUUCUCAAACGUUACAUUCUCAACUGUUACAUGAUUUGUCAUGCAAAAUUGCCUUCAGAAUCGACGCCAUCCAGCUGCUUCGCAUGACAAAUUCCCAGAGGGCCAAGCAGGCUGAUAGGCGGUUCCAAAUCUUUCAUGCACGACGCGCAAGAUCCCCCCUAUCACUUUUGCCAUUCUGGCAUCACAAAUUCAUGCAACAGUUGAAAAUGUAACAGUUGAGAACGCCAUACUUCUUGGCGGUAGGUUCGGUAACGCGUUGGCGGUGACCGGUAUCCAAGGAAAAAACUGCGUAAGUGUAAGAACUUUGUUGUGUUGCAGUAGACGAUGCGAGACAAUUACACCUGCCAUGCUCCUGGUGGACAUGCGUCACACGCUCUAUUCGUACAACAUGCUAUAUUUAUUCGCGGAUAGGGAUACCAGCUACGCAUGACAGGAGGUGGUUUUCUGUGUCAUGCAGAGCAAACUUGUGAAGAUGCUAUAGUUCCUGCAAGAAUAAAGUUCUUACAUUUUAUUUUACACAGUUUUUCUCUUUCAUAGCCGGGGCCACCACCAAAAUGCAGCGCAAACUGGAUAGCACGAAAAACCGAGUCUUCCGGGACUACUGGGGCGGGAAGCUGCUCGAGAGCCACUUAUCAAAUGUAAAAAUGUCUGGGUCUGGAAGAAGAGAAGUUUGUCAUGCAGGUUUUCCAUGACGCAUCAGGUCUGGAAUGCGGGACCUAGCAUAACAAAGUCUGUGAGGUGUCUACCAUGCCUAUCCUGCAUGAGAAACUCCCUCCAAACUUGGCCGAAUGUGGACAGUUUUUGGCACUCAUGCAACACAGAUUUCUGCAUGAUUCGGAUUUAGCAUGACAAGUUGCAAUCGUCCAGACCCAGACAUUUUUGCAAUCCAUACCACUCGAAUCUGUACAAGCAGGACAGCGCCAUGGCCUCGCAGGUGAGCCACAGCCUCCCGGAGCGCUAUCCUGAGUAAAAACGUCCCCACACCAGAGUCGGGAUGGGGAUUUUGCAGCACAAGCCCAGGAGUUUUGUGAGUCACGCAUGACAAGUUGCACUCCGCAGCGUAGUGCAGGUUAGAAAGUGCCGCCGCAUCACAGAUUCGUCUGCUCAUCCUGUUCACAGCAUCACAAAUUCCAAAACACGAUUGAAAAUGGCUCUCAUGGGGAUGCGCAUUACAAGUCUUCCUGUCUUUGCAAAUUUGCCUUACAACUCUGGCGUGGGGACGUUUUUACUCAGGAUAGGCGCAGCAUCGUGGUCACGUGGGGAGACUCGCUGCCCCGUCCGAAGAAUGCCAGCGAAACGCCCAAUAUGUUUGACUGGAUUCCGUUCCAGGCCAGUGUCUGGACGGACGAGUUAAAGCGCCUCGCGGGGGAGGGGAAAAAGUUGACCACUUUGGACCCCAUCAUCACCCCCGGAUAUCAUGUGCCCAUGUUGGAGGAGGCCGUUCCAAAAGGCCUACAGGCACUGAAGUCGGCAUAAAAGUGGUUCUAUCUACAUCAAGUAUUUUUCCGCUCUGCCUCUUUAUGUUUUGGUUUUGGAAGAUGAAAUAAAGCUGAUGUGGUCCUGCUCCUGCAAAUAGAAAAGAAAAAUUACUUUCAUAGCCGCAAGAGCCAGAGCCUUCUCGCAGAAAUGCUCAUGCUUGCUAGUACAACUUCUCGAAGUAUUACUAUAAACAAAUUAUGUACUAUCUCCGUAACCUUCCCAACUCUCGUACAUUCGUUGUGGUCACCUCGGUCGGGCACGACAAAACCCAGCAGAUAAACAAAUUAUGCGGGAGACGAACAGAAAGACCGCGUUUUUCUUUUUAUUUAUUUAUUUCUCGACGAAAGGGCACCUUGUCCGAUACCCGCCGACGCGAUGGGCCCACAUCAUGCUGUCCGCCACAGUACAAAAGCAAAAACACGGACAAGGAGCAACAAAAACCUGGCUUACAGAAAUCCGCGCCGACAUGACAAAAAUGCGCGCUACGGUUCGCGACUGUCUUGAUCGAAAUCCUUGGCGCCAAAUCACAAAAGGACAACAAACAGGCUCAGCUAGCAGCCACAGCACUUCUUCCGCUGCGUCUUUCGAAGAGCAAAUUAUUCCUAUUCAACAGAUAAGAAGAUUACAGGGACGAAAAAGAACAGGAGUAGGUCGCGGGACAAUCUAAGGCUUAGAGUCGAACAGAUUACAGUCAUCAUUUCUCGACGAAAAGUACAGGUCGGGCCCGCGAGUGGUCUUUUGGUUAAUUUUUUCGUAUUGUUUUGGACAGGUAUUUGUUUCGUUUUGGACAGGGACCACCACAACUCGACGUUUUGGACAGCGAUUUAUUUCGUUUUG